AUGGCAACAACAGUACACAAUGAUCUCUCCAUUGAUGAUGAUGAUGUUGUUGAAGUUGGUAGACGAAACAGUGGUCCAUGGCCUCAGGCAAUUGAGGCUCUUUUCAUUACCCUCAUGGAUGAGGAGGUGAAAACCAAGAGUAGUAAAAUAACUGGGACAUUCACUAAACAAGCUUGGAACAGGUUGAGAGAUCAAAUGAAUGCAAAAACCCAAUACCAGUAUAACGCACACCAGCUUCGGAACAAAUACAAUCAACUGCAUAUUAUGUUCAACCAAUUUACAGGAUUACUGAAGCAUACUGGUGUUGGUUGGGAUAGCCAGCGGUUUACUAUCACUGCACCAGAUGACGUUUGGGAAGCCCUUUACAAGGUUAAUAGCCAUGUAAAGAGGUUCAGGAAGAAAAUGAUGGUUUACUACCAUGAAUGGUCUCAUAUUUUAGGAGACACAUCCGUAACUGGUAAACUAGCUCACCCUUUCACCAAAUCACCUUCUGAAAGUAGUGCUAGCUCUGAUCAUGAAUUUAAGGUAAAGAAUGAGGACUUAAAUGCAUUGCAAAUUGAUAGUGAUAAUGACAAUGAAGAUGGCCAAGGCAAGAACAAGGGCAAGAGCAAAAUGAUAGUUACUAAUGUUGGCGAUGACAGUGGUUCAAUUGAAGGUGGUUCUACUGCUUCACAUUUACUACUGAAAGAGAGCAUGGCACUAUUGCAUGGUAUGGAGGAAAUUCCUGCUCCUGCUUUCACUAAAGCUGUGAACAAGCUUGCAUCGGAUCCCAUAAUAAGGGAGUCAUUCCAAGUAUUUUUUAUCAAUAGUCCAACAAAGCUUCUGCAUUGUCAACAAUUGGAAAAGAACGAACGGAAUCGUGUUGUCCAAGAGCGAUUCCAACAUUUUGGCCAGACCAUCUCCAAAUACUUCAACCGAGUCUUGAAGGCAGUGUGUAGGCUUGGUAAACAAGUUAUAAGGCCUCUAGAUUUUGAUGAGGUGCUUGCAGAAAUUCGACAUAAUCCACGCUUCUACCCUUUUUUUAAGGAUUGUGUUGGAGCAAUUGAUGGUACCCACAUAUCUGCAAGGGUGCCAGCAUCAGAGCAAAUACCAUAUCGGGGUAAGCAUACUGUUACAACGCAAAAUGUAAUGUGUCUUUGCUCAUUUGAUGUGCGAUUUACGUAUGUAUUGGCUAGUUGGAAGGGCACUGCAGAUGAUUCAAAAGUGUUCAUUGAAAACGUACAUGAUCCAGCAAAUUUAUUUCUAAUGCCAUCAACAGAUAAAUACUAUGUUGUCGACUCGGGUUAUACAAAUGUGCUUGGCUUUUUAUCGCCAUACCAUGGUGAGAGGUACCAUCUAAAUGAAUUUCGUACUCAACGUCGACAACCAAGAAACAAGAAGAAAAUGUUCAAUUACCGACACUCCUCACUGCGCAAUGUGAUUAAGUGA